AUGAGUGCCGAAACUUACUUCGUCAGAGCGGACUGCUACACGCAUGUCAAGAAGUGGACAAAUGAAAAGAAUACAUCGUUCAUAGUCCACCCUCGCGCUCGAUGUGCUUUAUACUGCUUAGGUGACUUCCCAACCUUGGAUGAAUUGGAUCUUCGUCAGUCACAUAGCGAAGACCAUGUCAAUAGAUUGCUCAAGGAGGCAAUCUCUAUGAAUCAGGAUGCUCUGAAUCGCCUUUGUGAAGGAUAUGACUCUGUGUUCAUGACUCCAGAUUCGGUGAGGGUUGCGCAAUCCGCUGUAUCUUGUAGUCGGUGGCUCGCUGAAAGCAUAGUUGAGGAGAAGAUCCCCAAUGCCUUUGCAUUAAUUAGACCCCCUGGACAUCAUGCUGGUCGUUCUUCUGCUUGUGGCUUUUGUCUCUUCAACAACGCUGCACAAGCUGCUGAGGCCGCAUUCAAUUUUGGCGCCGAUAGAAUUCUAAUUGUUGACUUCGACGUGCAUCAUGGGAACGGUACUCAACAAAUUUUCUAUGAGGACAAUCGAGUGUUGGUUUUCUCUAUACAUCGGUACCAAGCUGGCAAGUUUUGGCCACACUUGAGAGACUCGAAUUUCGAUCACAUCGGUAUCUACGAAGGAAAGGGCUACAACAUUAACGUUCCUCUCAAUGAGGUGGUCGACUGCGGUGAUGCUGACUACAUGGCAAUUUUCUGGAAUGUCCUUUGGCCAGUUGCCUCUCAGUUUAAUCCCGACUUCGUCAUUGUUUCUGCCGGUUUUGACAGUUGUGAUGGCGAUCCUUCUGGGUGA